AACAUCCUCAAACUGUGUACCUUAUUUGCGCUGUGUUCUCUCUUCUGCCCCUCCUCCCUGCCUUUGGACUGAUAUGCCAGGGAAAAGAUUUUUUUUUUGAAUCCGAGCUACAGCCGCCAUGCUGCGAGAGACAAACUUCUAACACUUUUUUUGCACCAUCCCCUAAAAACUAAACGGAGAAGAUCGAGCCUUUUCCGAACCCGGUUUAACCAGUUUGAGUACAUUUGGGUGGACCUUACUACUGAACUGAAGACUGCUGAGCUGAACUUUUUAUGAACAAGUUGGGAAUAUUUACCCAUUGAAACUAUGACAGUCAACAUGAAAAUUCUAUAAUUCCCAUGAAGGAAGAACGUCCCAUCAGUUCAUGUGUAUAGAUCAACCCGGAGUAAAGCAGUUUUAAAAGGUCACAAGAAGACAGGUUGGAAAAAGGAAAUCUCACAGUGUCCAGGAUUCCAGAGUCCAAUAUGGCUUUAAGUAUUCUUGGCAUGUUCUUGGGGUUACUUCUGGAGGUGUCAACAGAGGGUCCCACUGGUAUCCCCAGGACAUCUUGGAAACAUCACGAUGUCAGUUUAAUAGAGUUCACCGACCCUGGAAUCUUCAACUACUCCACUCUGUUGCUCAGUGAAGAUAAACAGGCCUUAUAUGUGGGAGCAAGAGAAGCCAUCUUUGAGCUGAAUAUGGGAAACAUUUCUAUCAAGCAUAAUCAGGUAAUUUGGAAAGUUCCUGAAAGUGAUAUGGAAAAGUGUAUUUUAAAAGGAAAAUCCAAAGAGACAGACUGUCUCAAUUACAUACGAGUUCUGCAAGUGGUCAGUGACGACAGUCUUUAUGUCUGUGGUACGCAUGCAUUUCAACCCUCUUGUGACUACCUGUCUCUUCAUGAUUUUCAACUGGAAAAAAAAUUUGAGGAUGGCAGAGGAAAAUGCUCAUUUGAUCCAGCACAGAGUUUCACAACAGUUAUGGUUGAUGGAGAACUUUACUCUGGAACUGCCUACAAUUUCUUAGGAAGUGAACCAAUAAUUUACAGAUACUCACAAAUGCAGAGCUUGCUGCGAACAGAGUAUUCAACAUCCUGGCUGAAUGAGCCCAGUUUUGUUUUUGCGGAUGUCAUCAGAGAGAGCAAAAACAGCCCAGAUGGUGAUGAUGACAAGAUCUACUUUUUCUUCACGGAGGUGUCUGUGGAAUAUGAAUUCUUUGGCAAGCUCCUCAUUCCCAGAAUAGCCCGAGUCUGCAAGGGUGACUUAGGAGGACAAAGGACAUUGCAGAAGAAAUGGACGUCUUUUCUCAAGGCCAAGCUAGUCUGCUCCAUGUCCGAACUGAACUUUGUCUUCAAUGUCGUUCAUGAUGUUUUCAUCUUGAAAACGCCUGACUCCAAAGAACCAAUAAUUUAUGGGGUUUUUACUUCCCAGUGGGGAAAUGUUGGAUUGUCUGCUGUCUGUGCCUACAACAUGUCUUCUGUGGGUGAAGUUUUCUCAAAAGGAAAAUACAUGCAGAAGGCUACCGUUGAGCAGUCUCACACAAAGUGGGUGAGAUUCAAUGGAGUUCCCCCAAGUCCUCGCCCUGGAGCUUGCAUAAAUAACAACGACCGGCUUCAGAACAUAAACAGCUCCCUCCACCUCCCAGACAAGACCCUCCAGUUCGUCAGAGAUCACCCCCUGCUGGAAGAUCCUGUGCUGCCAAUAGGAAAUGGACCAAAACUUGUCGCCAAAGAUGUCAACUACACCCAGAUAGUAGUGGACAGGGUGCAGGCACUUGACAACAAUGUUUAUGAUGUUAUAUUCACAGGAACUGAUAAAGGAAUUUUGCACAAAUCCAUAAUUUAUGAUGGAGAAGUACAUAUAGUUGAAGAACUAAGGUUACUUCCAAAUUCAGAACCCAUUAAGACAUUGCUUCUGUCAUCUCAGGGGACUAGGUUUCUGUAUGCUGGCUCUGACUCUGGGGUCGUGCAGUCCCCAAUUGCUUUUUGUGAAAAGUACUCAUCGUGUGAAGACUGCAUCUUAGCCCGUGACCCCUACUGUGCCUGGGACUCUGAUGCCAAGAUUUGUGUGAAUAUACUUCUACCUAAUGCAAACUCUGAAAGGAACUUAAUACAAAAUCUAAAUGGAGAUGCGCAUAAAUGUCCAUCAGUAAAGUCGCUGUCCCCUGAAGACUAUCAGAUGAUCACUGUGAAGCCUGGAAGUUCAGCUGAGCUGCCUUGCCGGCUGAACUCUAACCUGGCCCACGCGGUCUGGAAACUGAACGGUGCCGUCUUGUCGGCCGAAUCCUCCAAGUUUCACCUGAUAGCCGAGGCGGGUAUGCUCAUUUACAGCGUCUCUCAAGAGGACCUGGGGCACUACGAGUGCUGGUCAGAGGAACAAGCAAAUGGCAAGAACUUCACCCAGGCCCUGACAGGAUACAUCUUAAGUUUUGACAUUGGUAAGCAGUAUGUGACAUCAGACCCAUUCAUGUCCACCACUGCUUCAGCUGUCAAGCCAGCGCCCUCGACAGAAGGUAAUAUUAACACCGCAGGAUCCCCACUAACUUCAACCCUGCAAAGCUCUGCUACUCCCACCUCACCACCCCAACCUGAAACAACACUAACCCCGUGGUUCAGCACGACUGUAAACCCAUUGCAGAAGCUUCUUUUCCCCAGUCCAGGCACUCCUAGCAUUGAGACUCGGGACCCUUCCACGGAGUACUUGAAGACGGACAACAGUAACGCCCUUCUGUUUCUCUUUCUGCUUUUCUUUAUCCUUUUUCUGGCACUGAUUGCUUACAACUGCUACAUGCAGUACCUGCCACCCCCUUGUCUCAAAGUGCGGGCGGCGCUCUUGGGGAAAAAGAAGAAACCCCAGCCUGAGUACAUGUCCUGUGAACCUGGCUUGAUGGAGCCCAUAGUGGAGAAGGUAGAGCAGACAGGUGUGCACAACCAGAAUGGGGGCCAGCAGAAGGGUCUGCGCGACACAGGCUAUGAGACAGAGCCAGAAUACGCCAACGGCAAGAUCUCCAAUCCAGAUCACACAGACAAAGUUGCUGAAACGCAGGACAAACCUUUCGACGUCAUCUGUGAAUCUCAACCUAUUGAAUUUGCUGAUGCGGAUGCACCUUGCUGAUUAGUUUUUUACGUGUCUGUUUUUUGCUGUUUAUUUUUUAAUUUAAAUUAUGUAUCUGCACAUACAGGGGGAAAGGAGGAGUCUUAUAUAUGCAGACUUUGUGUUAGAAGCAAGAUGGACAGUGUUUAUCUCAGUUCAAGUGAACAGGGUUCAUGUUUCUAGUAGGAGUGACCCCAUUUUUCCUGCAAAAAUCCAUAACUUUCUCAUCAGAUUAUCGGUAUCUAGAUUCAUACAACCUGCAUUAUAUACAGCAUUUUUCUGAUCAGUAAUUGUUUUUAUUCCAAAUUGGAAACAUGGUUUAUCAGAUUGGUAAGUAACUGAAUGUUUUCCAAAUUGGAGCAUGUCACUUUUUAUAUUUUGUAAAGUGUUCAAUUGGUUUUCGAGUAAUUUGUACACUCAAAAUUACCUAUACUUCUUGCUGUUUUUGAUGUAGGUCGACAGUUCUUUUCUCAAAUGUUUAUUAAAUUCUCAGGGAUUUUUAACGUUUUUACUUUGUUCAGCUAAAUGAUAUUAACUGCAAAAAGCGGUGGAUUCAGCGCAUGCAGAAGUUCUUGGGGAUCACAAGCACGUUAUGUUGAAAGACCAAAAUGACCAGCUUAAUUUGUGAUACAGGAGAAAGGAAGUUGUCUGACACAAAGAAAAACGGGUAGCUUCAACAAUUCUGAGCCAUGUCCUUGUGAAUAGAUUCUUUUCCUGUGAAUAGAAAGUCUGGAAACUUUAAUCGAAGCUGGAAAAGGACUAAUGCAAGACUUUUGAGACCACUGAUGUUGGAUGCUUUGAAGUUGAGGGAAUAUGCCUGUACAGCCAUCCUGCAUGUUACUGCAGAGGGUUACGGUGACUUUAAACCUGUGUACAAGGAAAUGCCAAGACUGUGUUUUAGAUCACAGGUGCUUAUUUGGAGUGAAACACUGGAAAGCAAGCUGCUGUUAUAGUAACCACAAAACCAGACGUGCAAAUCAAGUCUUCCAGGACUUGUAGCAUUGUCCACUCAGCUUGAUUUUAAAUGUUCAUAUUGUACUGAUUUUAAUGUUUAUUUGAUGUAAAGUUUUCUUGAUGUAUAAAACUAACUUUAAAGAAGUAUAUUUCAUUUGCUUUGAAUUUUUGGCUAUUUUACCUUGUUUUUUUUUCUAUACGGAUAUGUAUGAGAAGAAUACUAAAGAAUUUUAAAAUCAGUAAUGUAGUGCAUAGCAUCAUGCUUUGGUAUGCAAGCCAAGCGUAUGGCUUGUUCUUAAAUGUGGAAUUCUUAGGUUGACUUUCAAUGAAAUGAUACUUAUGAAUUUCAAAAUGUGGAAGUUAUAAAGAGAAGUAUUUAAUGUUAAAAGAUGUA